AUGAGUCCUCAAGCGCAGCCCGGGACCAGGAAACCUUUGAUAAAUUCCGCUGGUGGAGUAAAAAUAAAUCGUUUGGAAGUGCCAGAAGUGAUAAGGCACGGUAAUCCCGUAAUUCUGGACUGUGAUUUUACAUUAGAUGAUAAUGAACAGGACCUAGUAGUAAAGUGGUUCUUCAACAAAGCCCUAGUAUACCAAUGGAUCCCAAGUACCAAAAAGCGCCCGCAGGGUCUUGGUAUUCUCAAAGAUCGCUUAAAUUUAGAAUAUGCGGCUAGCGUUGAUGCAAAUAGCAUUCACAGAGCUUUGCACAUUCUUAAAGCCGGCCCUGAUCUCUCCGGAGAAUAUACUUGUUCGGUGUCUACUUUGCAGAGUGAAGACAUCGAGACUAAAAGCAUGCUGGUUUUAGGCAGUUUCUCUUUUACGACCUCUAAAUUAUGGAAGCAAAACACUGCUCUACAAUUCAUCAAAUACCUUUUUGCCAAUCAACCGGAUACGCUUAGAAUUUACAAACGUCCAUUUUCGCAUCCCCUUUUCUCCAUUCUCGACACCUUCGUGUCGCUGUAG